AUGGAUUUCUCUCUCCUAUCAGAGGCCUUGACCUCCAAAUCGUAUGAAAAGGUCGCCGAUAUCUGUGACGAACACAUGCUUCAGGUCGCAGCUGAGGGCGUUGCUUUUCAGGAGGACUGGCCCUACGCCAUUCAUCUUCUCGGUCACAUUUACGCUGAAUUUGAUCUGUCGGGUGGUAAAUAUGCAGUAAUAGUAUGCGGUUUCUUUGGAAAUCAAUGCCUGCCACUCUCAAAGAGGGCAAUCCAGAAGUCAUUGCUGCUUGGAAAAUUGGCCAGAAGUUGUGGAUGCGAGACUAUGGGGGGUGUGUAUGAAGCUAUUCGUGGAUAUGAUUGGAGUCAGGAAGCUCAAGGUCUUGUUGCAGCCUUUUCAGGCAAGUUUUUCUAG